AUGGGAAAGUCGUACCCAACGGUGAGUGAAGAUUACGAGAAGGCCAUUCAGAAGGCGAGGAGAAAGCUGAGGGGAUUGAUCUUCGAGAAGCAAUGCGCUCCCCUUAUGCUCCGUUUGGCAUGGCACUCGGCGGGUACGUUCGACGUGAAGACGAAGACGGGUGGUCCAUUCGGAACCAUGAAGCACGAAGCUGAACAAAAGCAUGAAGCUAACAGGGGGCUUGAUAUUGCUGUCAACCUCUUGGAGCCUCUCAAGCAGCACUUCCCUAACAUUACAUACGCUGAUUUUUACCAGUUGGCCGGCGUUGUUGCCGUUGAGGUUACCGGUGGCCCCGAAGUUCCUUUUCACCCUGGCAGAGAGGACAAGGCUGAUCCACCUCCAGAGGGUCGCUUGCCCGAUGCAACAAAGGGUAAUGACCAUUUGAGGGAGUUGUUUGUGCAAACAAUGGGACUCACUGAUCAAGAUAUUGUUGCCCUUUCUGGUGCUCACACCCUUGGUAGGUGCCACAAGGAUCGUUCUGGAUUUGAGGGUCCUUGGACUUCCAAUCCUCUGGUUUUUGACAACUCAUACUUCACGGAACUGGUGGGGGGCGAAAGGGAGGGACUUUUGCAGCUCCCAACUGACAAGGCAUUGCUGGAGGAUCCUGUUUUCCGCCCUCUUGUUGAGAAAUAUGCCUCAGAUGAAGACGCAUUCUUUGCUGAUUACACUCAAGCUCACUUAAAGCUCUCCGAACUUGGGUUUGCUGAUGCCUAAUUAAGAAACGGGACACCAGGAGCGAUCUUGAAGGAUCACAAAUUCUCUUUAUCUUUCACUUUAGCUUACAUGAUUUUUAAGGCAAUGACUUGUGAUAGAAUCCAGAUACAGAUUUUGAGACUA